AUGUUAGUCAUGUUGCCCCCUGAAAAAAUCGGAGAGAAAAAAAAAACAGGUUUGCUGUGUCUCGCUUCAGCCGAUGUAAGCGAAAUUGUAGGAAAAAAUCAAUACCUUCCCCCGAGUAAAGGAUACCACUACGAUAGACCUAGCGUACCAUUUCCAUCUCCAAGGCCGACUCCUUCCUAUCAAACUCCAUUCCCAUCGAGGCCUACCUUUCAAACAUCAGUCCCCGUGAGACCGACUUACCAAACUCCAGUAUCUCCGGUAAGGCCGACUUACCAACCACCCGCACCUAGCUACAUUCCACCCGUGAGCACCGUGAGACCUAUUUCGGUAUCGAGACCUUUGCCAAGUUCGAACGUAAGACCAGGUCCAAACUUGGGUCCAUCUCCAUCAGUAAACCAAGGAACAUUUGUCGGACCAUCCGGUGGCGGAGAGCAUGAUCAUCAUCACCACCAUGAACCCGGAAUGCCUUAUGACUUUGCCUACAAGGUAAAGGACGACUUCUAUGGAAACGACUACUACAGAAACGAGGCAUCGGAUGGUGACGUCAUAAGAGGAGAAUACCGCGUACAAUUGCCAGAUGGCAGACUUCAAAUUGUCAAAUACACGGCCGAUUGGAAAAACGGUUACAACGCUGAAGUAUCGUAUCAAGGACAACCGACAUAUCCAGGUGGUGCUGGAGCUGGUUUGUUUCCAUCCGGUUCCGGAAGUGGUCAAUUCCCAUCGGGUGGUGGCAGUCAAUCGCCAAACGCUUACAUUCCUCCAAAAUUUUAA